UUAAACUCACUCCUCACUUUCUAUAGGCUUUGUAAGCUAUGACAUUUCUCUGUGGUGGGUGGAUUUUGAUUUUGGAGUGAGGUUUUGAGCUGAAAUAGUUUGAGAGGAGAUGGAAAGAAGAGAUGAUGUUGUUUCUUGGAAGCUGUUUGCUACCACUUUGAAAAUCCUUGUUGUUGCUUUGAAUAUCUUCCAAUCCCAAGCAGGAUAUCUGCCCCAAGAGGAAAUCGAGGCUCUUAGAGUAAUCGGACCGAAAUUGGGCAAGACAGACUGGAAUUUCAGUGUCGAUCCUUGCAUCGAAGGAAAUGGGUGGACCACACCUAAUGCAACGGGCUUCGAGAAUGACUUUGGAUGUUCAUGCGACCCCCCCAGUGGUUGUCAUGUUGUAAGCAUAAUUCUCAAGUCUCAGAACCUCUCAGGAGUCCUCCCGCCAGAACUUGCACGUCUUCGCUUCCUCCACAACCUUGAUCUCACUCGAAAUCUCCUCAGCGGUCCGAUCCCCCCCGAAUGGGCCACAUUGCCCUUAACGGGCAUUUCCCUGAUGGCAAAUCGGCUGACGGGUCCGAUCCCUAAGGAGAUCGGAAACAUUGCCACUCUCCAGUACAUGAACUUGGAGGCCAAUGGACUCUCGGGGCUCAUUCCUCCGGAGCUUGGGAACUUGAUCAAUCUCGAGGAACUUUCCCUUUCUUCAAACCGAUUGACCGGCGAGUUACCUAUAGAACUGGCUAGGCUGACCAAUCUGGUGGAUUUUCGGAUAAGUGACAACAAUUUCUCUGGAAAAUUACCUGAUUUCAUCCAAAACUGGAAACAGUUGAAAACAUUGCGCAUUCAAGGCACCUCUUUGGAAGGUCCUAUUCCUUCCAGGAUUUCUUCCUUGAAAAACUUAUUUGACCUGAGGAUCAGCGACUUAUCUGGAAUGGGGUCGGAUUUUCCGCUGCUAAGUGAAAUGGUAUCCAUGAAAACAUUGAUACUGAGGAAUUGCCUGAUUCAUGGGCAUAUACCUGAGUAUAUUGGGAAUAUGAGAGAUUUGAGAACCCUAGAUCUCAGCUUCAACAACUUGACAGGCAAUGUUCCGAUCUCCUUGGAGAAGUUGCAAAAACUAGAUUUCAUGUUCUUGACCAGCAACAGGCUUGCCGGACCAAUACCUUACUGGAUUUUGAAAACAAACAGAAACGUGGAUCUUUCAUACAAUGAUUUCACACCAGAAAAGUUGAUAACAUCUCAGUGUCAACUAGGGAAUGUCAAUCUGUUUGCAAGCCACUCUUUGAUGGUGAACAGCACAUAUACAAAUUGCUUGGAGGACAACUCACGCAUUGAUGAGCUCAAGCCACACUAUCAUUCUUCCUUAUAUAUAAACUGUGGAGGUGAGGAAAUAGUGGUUGACGGCAACACAUACGAAGCAGAUGUCGAUCCACAAGGUGCUUCGUUGUUCAUUUUAAGUGGAAACUGGGCAUUCAGCAGCACUGGGAACUUUAUGGAUGACAGAGAUGGCUCCUACAUUGUAACAAAUACCACCACGAUCACCGCGCCUAGUCCAGGAUUGUACACGACUGCCCGUGUUUCUCCCAUUUCCCUCACUUAUUACGGAUUACAUCUAAUUAAUGGUGAUUAUGUGGUGAGACUCCACUUUGCAGAAAUAAUCUUCACGAAUAAGAGUACAUUUAACGGUCUUGGCAAACGCUUAUUCAAUGUUCAUAUUCAGCGCAAAAUGGCAUUGAAGGAUUUCAAUAUCGAAGAUGAAGCUGGUGGACCCAGUAAGCCCAUUGUGAAGAGUUUCACAGCCACAGUGAUAAAUCAUACCUUGGAGAUCAGCUUCUAUUGGGCAGGAAAAGGGACACAAGCAAUUCCAAGAAAAGGAGUCUAUGGUGUGCUCAUCUCAGCUAUUUCAGUAGAACCAGUCCUUCAUAUUCCACAUGGCCUGCACAAGCUAUCAACGAAGAUCGUGGUAGGGAUCGUGGCUCUUGUAGCAGCAUGCUUUACACUAUUAGUCGGCGGUAUCCUUUGGAGGAAACAUUCAUGGCGAAGCAAAUUCUCAAACUAUCAAGGCAUGAGAAGUAGACUGAAUCCUAAUGGAGGAUCAUCACCCUCUCCUUAGUUCUCAUUCCUAACUAAUUUAGUGAAGAAGUCAUAAUAUGAUGCUUAGAAAGGUACUUAAAGAUAUUCACACAAUAUGUAUUAGCUGAAUCUUGGGACUAGAAAGAAACAUUUACAAAAAAAGAACAUUUAACUAAA